UAAGGAAUUAGGAUGAUUGUUUGUGCAAAAAUUAUCCUCUUAAAAUCAUUCGCUGAAAUAUACAAAUAGUGAGUAAAGUUAAGAGCUUGUUUUGUAAAUAUCCAUAAUUAUGUAUCUUACAUAAAUAGUUACAUUAAGUUUGUAGUAAAGUCUCUCUCUCCCUAGUCUCCUUCCUCACAGACUGAUCCCUCUCUGAAGAUUAUACUUGUUUGCUCGGGCUUCCACUUUGUGUUCACCUUGUAAAGUUUUAACCUUUUCUCAAUCUCUGCGGUUGAUACACCUCUAAAGCCCAUAUUGCACACAAAGUGUUCGAUAAAAUGCCUAGCUGAGAUUCGAGCUGGGAAAAAAUUGCAUUUAACUGCUGCUGAGGAAACAAGUGAAAAAAUCUGAAAAUGUUGCGUAACAUGAUGAUGCCUUGGAACAGAAGCAAUCACAAUGUAGUUGGAAUGUUAACAAGGCAUUUUGCCACGAAACCGAAACCCAAGAUGAAACCAAUCGAGUUGAACACACCACCGGAGCAAACACAGACGAUCACUCGAGUUAUCUUUGAUAUUUUGAAGGAUCAUGGACCUCUCACCAUUGCUGAAACUUGGGAUCGUGUCAAGGAAGUGGGAUUAAGAGGGCUAACGAGCAAGCGUCACAUGAAGAUUAUACUAAGAUGGAUGAGAGAGAGACAGAAGCUGAAGCUGAUAUGUAACCAUGUUGGUCCUCACAAGCAAUUCUUAUACACUACUUGGUUCACUAAACACAACCCUUCUUCUAAAUUCCCUAAGUCACCGGAAAAUCUCACAGGAAAAUCCUCUAGCCACCCUAAACUGCCCUGAGCCGAGACUGUUAGGCUUUGUUUCUUGAAUCUUCGUUUUACGGUAAUGUAAUUAAAAUGUGUUUCUUGACAAGUUUCUCUCAAUGUUUCUGCUUAUAAACAAUCUUGUUAUCAUUUUAUUACAUUCAGUUGUGACUCAUUCAUAA